GAGUCAUGCAUCAGCAGAAACCAGAGCAGGUCUGAGCCCAUUCCCACUGAGGUGAUAUUAGAGAUGGUGAAGCGCUUGGAGUCUCCAAAUCCACAGAAGAACCCAUGGGAGACAAAAAGCAUUUACCUCAACACUACAGACAAUUUGUCCAAAUGUGACAUCCAGAAGGUAAUGGAGUUGAUCUCCUCUGCACUGAGCAACCCGCUGAGCCCUGUAGAGGACAACACUGAACAAAAGGAAGCCGCCCGUCUGAAAUGUGCCUCUAGUGUGGUCCACCAGGCUGACCAGGCCUGUCGACGCCUGAUCUCUGAGGCCAUGAAGACUGCCAGAGAAAAUCAAGUGUCCUCUGGACACAUGAGGUCUCUGGCGACCCAGCUGAAUGAAUCCAAAGCAACAUUUCUUCACAACCUGCGAAAACAGUUGCUUCAGGAAACGUCGCUCACUCAAGAAGAGGACUUUGAUGUGGAACGUGUGGUGAAAAGAGCAGUGGAUGUUUUCGACCACGAGAAAAAGGAGAUCUUGCUGAGAAUCAUAAAUGACCAUAAAUGACUUUUUUCCACAAAGCAAUAUUUAAUUGCAUCCAGUCAUUAGUGAAUGUGUGUAAUUUGUAUUUAAUUAAAUGUAAAUAAAAUGCUGGUUACCUCAGUUCUUGGAACAUUGUGGCAUCAUUUUAUUUAGAAAGAAAAACUUGAAAGAAAUAUUUUUUAAACACUCAAUAAGCUACUGUGUAGUGGCCAUGUAUGUGGUUUCUGCAAAUAUGGUGUGAAGUGUUGAUCAGAUAACAUCUUGUUUGUCAGGAUACACGUGAUAUGAGUUUAAAUUGAUAAGAGCCCAUUAAUCUCAAAGUUACUAUCUUCUGUCCAAAAUAAGUUAAUCACAUACAAACAACUUAACCAACUGAAUAAGUCUUUACUUUAGACCAAGAUUACAAAUACUCUUAUUAUUAUUU